AGGGGGGCGUGGUUACAGUCUCACUGAAGCACCGCUACCCGCGCGCUCCACCAACACAGCAGUCAGCUGGGGAGAGGCAGGCGUGUGCGCGCGCGCGUGCCGACCAACCGGGAAGCGAAGCGCAAGCCGAGAAAGACCCCGUUCAACCUCAACGGCGCAGGCUACAAGUCGAGGAGAUUUCUACCCACUACAUCCAUUCCGUCCCCAUCAUGGCCGACCCAGCGGCUGUCGAGGUCGAGGGGGCCGCGCGAGGCUUCGCCAGGCAGGGCGCGCUGAGGCAGAAGAACGUGCAUGAAGUGAAGAACCACAAGUUCAUCGCUCGCUUCUUCAAGCAACCGACCUUCUGCAGCCACUGCACCGACUUUAUCUGGGGUUUCGGCAAGCAAGGUUUCCAGUGUCAAGUGUGCGGUUUCGUGGUCCACAAACGCUGCCAUGAAUUUGUUACUUUUUCCUGCCCAGGGGCCGACAAGGGCCCUGCAUCAGAUGACCCUCGCAGUAAGCAUAAAUUCAAGGUACACACAUACUCCAGCCCCACAUUCUGUGACCACUGUGGAUCUCUACUGUACGGGCUCAUACACCAGGGGAUGAAAUGUGACACUUGUAUGAUGAAUAUUCAUAAACGAUGUGUGGAAAAUGUUCCCAGUCUGUGUGGAACAGACCACACCGAGAGGAGAGGACGGCUGCAUAUCAGUGCUAGUAUCACAAAUUUAGUUCUCACCGUGACCAUCAAGGAGGCUCGUAACUUGGUGCCAAUGGAUCCAAAUGGACUAUCAGAUCCAUACGUGAAGCUUAAGUUAAUUCCAGACCCAAAGAGCGAGAGCAAGCAGAAGACCAAAACCAUCAAGUGCUCCCUCAAUCCUACCUGGGAUGAACACUUCAGCUUUAACCUCAAAGAUACAGAUAAAGACAGGCGUUUGUCAGUGGAGGUGUGGGAUUGGGAUCUGACCAGCAGGAAUGACUUCAUGGGGGCCAUGUCUUUUGGCAUCUCCGAGCUGCAGAAACAAGGUGUCGAUGGAUGGUUUAAGUGUCUGGGCCAAGAGGAAGGGGAAUAUUUCAAUGUUCCAGUUCCACCAGAUGGAGAGGAGGGCAAUGAAGAACUGAGGCAGAAAUUUGAGAGAGCCAAGAUCGGCCCUGGCACUAAGAAUAUAGAUGGCUCUUCAAAGAAUGAUAUCUCCAAAUAUGAUGCCAAUGGCAACCAAGACCGCAUGAAGCUCACAGACUUCAACUUCAUCAUGGUGCUGGGCAAAGGCAGCUUUGGCAAGGUGAUGCUUGCCGAGCGUAAAGGCUCAGAUGAGCUGUACGCAGUGAAGAUCUUGAAGAAGGACGUGGUCAUUCAGGAUGAUGAUGUGGAAUGCACUAUGGUGGAGAAGAGAGUUCUCGCUCUCUCUGGCAAACCGCCCUUCCUCACCCAUCUCCACUCCUGCUUUCAGACCAUGGACCGCCUUUACUUCGUGAUGGAGUAUAUCAAUGGUGGAGAUUUGAUGUAUCAGAUACAACAAGUGGGAAAAUUUAAGGAACCCCAUGCUGUGUUCUAUGCUGCAGAGAUUGCCUUCGGCUUGUUCUUUCUUCAUUCUAAGGGCAUUAUUUACAGAGAUCUGAAGCUGGAUAAUGUGAUGUUGGAUGCUGAAGGCCACAUUAAGAUAGCUGAUUUUGGCAUGUGCAAAGAGAACAUGUUUGAUGGGACCACAACCAAAACCUUCUGUGGCACUCCAGACUACAUUGCCCCAGAGAUCAUAGCAUAUCAACCGUAUGGGAAGUCUGUUGACUGGUGGGCUUAUGGAGUUCUCCUGUAUGAAAUGCUGGCGGGACAGCCCCCUUUUGAUGGUGAGGAUGAAGAUGAGCUAUUCCAGUCCAUCAUGGAGCAUCAUGUAUCUUACCCGAAAUCCAUGUCAAAAGAAGCAGUGGCCAUAUGCAAGGGGCUGAUGACCAAGCACCCAGGGAAGCGUCUGGGUUGUGGACCGGAGGGAGAACGAGACAUUAAGGAACACGCUUUCUUCCGCUACAUGGACUGGGAAAAGCUGCAAAAUAAAGAAGUUCAACCCCCCUUCAAACCCAAAGCAAAAAAUCGCCGUGACACUGGGAAUUUCGACAAGGAGUUCACCAAGAUGGUGGUUGAGCUGACACCAACGGAUAAACUCUUCAUUAUGAAUCUGGACCAAAAUGAAUUCCAAGGCUUCUCCUACACCAACCCUGAGUUUGUUAUUCAGGUUUAACACCAAACUCCAAUCGAUUGCUCCUUUAGUGAGAGAAGGAGACGCUCGAUCGUAUUACCCAGAAAGCAUUAUUUUGUCCCAGUGCAUCCUGAUUGUCCUCUCUCUUCACUUAAAAAGGCACAAAACCAGCAGGAUCAAACAGAACCAAACCAGGAUUUACUCAGUUUUUCAACCAAGGCCUCGGAAACUCUUGAAAUUGAAUUUGACAGAGGAGAGAGAACGGUUAUAAAAGAGUGUAUUCAUAGUCUC